UUGUAAUAAUAACUUUAGAGCGGAUUUAUAGAGCGCCUUUCAUUGAACAGAUCUGAGGACGUUGAUUGGCUGAAAUGUGCUGCCAUAUUUUUCGGGUACCAACGGUCAGCGAUUGGUUGGCUGCUGCUGCGCUGGGGUGCUUAAUUCCCAGACGAGAGGGUAAUGAUUCUAAUGAUUUGAAACAUAUAACGGUUUAGAUUUUAUAUAUUAAACAGUAUUGUACUUAUUAUAAAUAUAAAACCUUCCAUCCUAGCACCUCUAUUGACCAGUCGCCACUGCUAUAUAUUAACAAAUAAAACAUAGGCUUAACAACUGUUAAUAAUAAUGAUAAGCUGUAUGAUCUAUUUAAAUAUGCCAACUUACCGCCAGUUGAUAACACUUUAGCAGUCCAAGCCAUCUUUUUCCCAUUUUGGGGCCACCAGACAAGAUAUUCCUUUUCCAAUUCAGGAUCGUAUUCCCCCUCAAUUAAAUUUAACCGGCCAACUUCUAUGGUAUCAUUGCUGAAUUCAUACAGCCCGUACAUUUUUGGUUCAAAAGUAGCUCUAAGUAGUGGCAACAAAGUGAUUACAAACCGGAGAUUGCAGUUGGCACUGCGGAGGUCUGUAUCCUAGCAACGCUAGAGAAGCGGGAAGCGCGAGGCGAAAGUUGGGCACGAGCACGUCACCACUCACCAGCUACCCUCAGCGGCAGAAUAAUCCGUGCCUGGAAAAAGUUCUUUAGUUUUGAUUCUCAUUCACAAAAAGAGAGAAAACCUGAGAAUGUACAAAAGAUAUUUGUCAGAUUUAGAUAUAGAUAUUCCCAGGACUACAAAACGGUACCGGAGGACCCGUAUGGCACAACUUGUGACAGGUAAGGACGGGUUUUCUCUUCAUAUUGGACGAACGGGAUGAACUGCCAAUAUAAGACGUAUUUCAUUUGGUGGUUUUUGUCUCACAUUACUGUAUUCAACUAAUUAUAGCAGACUAUACUACAACAUUUUGAAACGUUUUUUAGAUGUAUAGAUUCACUUCGUGUAUACUGCUAUUAUUCCUAUUUUGAUAGCAGUAGGGCAAUAUGUAAAUUAUGUUAUAUAACAUAUAAAAUCAAUAUGACUCUAAAAAAGCUGAGACAUACAUAAACCAAACCUAGCUUUUUGCUGAGAUGCCAAAUUAAAAUGCCCACAAUCAAUGUGUGUAUAAAUGUCUGUGUAACAGCUGUGUGAUUUUAUCAAUUUACAGACUCUGACUCAUCCAGUGAUGAAGCCUCAAAUAGAUUAAUUAAAAUCAUAUUAUCAGGAUAGUUAUUGUGUAGCCUUUUGCUUUAUCUCAGGCUGAUCACCAUUCUGGCGGGACAUCAGAUGACAGAGGGGAGGAUCCACAUCAUGAAAUGAGUGACGAUGAAGUAGAGAUGGCUGCAGACGACGAAGGAACAGAUCAACAACAUGAAAUGCCUUUUGCUGUCUCUCAGGCUGACCACCUGUCUGGAGGGUCAUCAGAGGACGGAGGGGAAGAUCCAAACCAUGAAAUGAACUCUGACCGAGGCACAAACACUUCAGAUGAAAGUGCAGGCGAAGAUGUAAUGAAUGAAGAUAGAGCUAACUCAGUUCCAUCUGGUGACGACACUCCCGAAGAUCCAAUGGAGCAUGUAUUUGACCCUACCUUCAAUGGUGAGAAGAAGAUCUAUGCUGGUUCUUCAGUUACCAUGGCAGCUCUCCUUCUUCUUCUCAUGGCUUUUAUCCUGAAGCAUGGCCUGUCAAAAGCAGCGACCAAACACCUCCUCGAGCUCCUAAACUUUGUGGUGCCCGGAUGUGUGCCAAAGUCAGUGUGGUAUUUAGAGAAAUACUUUCUUGAUUAUAAUGACAAAACAGAAAUUCAUUUUUACUGUCCCAGAUGUGCAAACUACCUCGGUGUUGAACCAGGUAAUGAGUGUGGGGUGUGCCAGCAGAGCUUGAACAGAAAGGGUCUACUUGAGAAGGCAUACUAUUUCCUUGUAAUGCCACUUAAAGUGCAACUGAGAAAUAUCCUUGCCAAUGUCCAAUCAAAGCUAGGCAAGCAUUUCACAAGAGAUGCCUCCAUUUCUGAUAUCAACACUGGAAGUGAAUACAGACGCGAGGCUCAGGAAGUCAACACUGACAGUAUUACACUAACCUUCAAUUGUGAUGGCGCCCCUGUGUUCAAUUCAUCAAAAACUUCAAUUUGGCCCAUCUUGUGUACUAUCAAUGAAUUACCAUUUGUGGAUAGAUGUAAAAAUUGUAUUGCAUACAUUAUGGUUUGGCAAAGGGAAACCCAAGGUUCAAAGUUACUUCACCCCAUUCAUCCAUGAACUUCAAAAACUGAGGGACACAGGAUUCUAUUGGAAAGAUGAUAAUGGAUUAGAACAUCACACCAGAGUAACAGCUAAAAUAUGUAUUUGUGAUGCAGUAGCAAGGGCAAUGGUGCAGAACUUUAAACAGUUCAAUGGAGAAUUUGGAUGUGGUUUUUGCUACCACAAAGGGGAGGUGGUACCAAAAGGCAGAGGUUUUACUAGAGUCUAUCCUGUACAGAUAGUUGGAUGUGAACUGAGACAAAUGGCUGAAACUGUACAACUUGCCGAGUUAGUGAUGGAAAACGGUGAUGACAAAGCUCAAAGGGGUGUUAAAGGACCAAGUCCACUGAUCCUGUUGCCAUCAUUUGACCUUAUCAAAGGCUUUAUACCAGACUACAUGCAUUGUUUUUGUCUUGGUGUAGUGCGUCAAUUUGUUAAUCUUUGGUUUGACCCUCAUUAUGCCAACAAGAACUUUCACUUGACUCCUCUUCAGUUAGAUGACCUGGACAAAGCUUUGUGUAAGAUUCAGCCACCAAAUGAAAUUAGAAGAAAUCCUAGGCGCUUAAGUGAGAGGAUAUAUUGGAAAGCUUCUGAGUGGAGGGCAUUUGCUCUUCUCUAUUCCCCUGUAAUAUUAAGGACUGUUUUGCCAGGACUUUACUACAAACAUUGGAUGCUUCUUGCAUGUGCGGUUCACAUCCUCCUAUCCCAGUUUGCCACUCAUGAUGAGCUCAAUUGUGCAGAGUUAUGUUUAGUUCAAUUUGUAGCAAAAGUACCAGAUCUUUAUGGACCUGAACAUUGUUCAUAUAACUGCCAUAUGUUGACACAUCUUACCCAGAGUGCCAGGGACUGGGGUCUUUUAUGGGCCAAUUCAGCAUUUGUGUUUGAAGACAUGAAUGGAAAACUCUUGCAGUUGUACUCUGGCACGCAAUCAGUUUCUUCACAGAUUUUUAAGAAUUUCUUUUCAUAUCAGAAAGUUGUAAGAAAAGGAAAUGCUUUACUCCAGGAUUCAAGCAGAGAAAUGCAAGAUUUUUUCUUUUCCCUGACCAGUAGUAACAUUGUUACGAAGUCAGCAAACUGCAUAAGAGAACAUUUAGUCACUUUAGGAUGUGGCUCUCACAGACUGUUAAAUGUGAGGGAGAUUGCUGCACUGCAAAACAGUACACCCACAAGGUACCAACAUCUUAAUAGUGUAACUGAAUACAAGCGUUGUGUGUAUAAAAACAUUUUAGUCACCACCAGAGACUACAGUAUGCAUUUCAAAAGAAAUAAUUCAGUGAUAGAAACCUCAAAUUGCUUUGGUAUGGUAGAGUCCUUGGUUGUUGUACCAAAACCCUGCAACUGUGAAAGAGAUGCAAACUGUUGUUGCAGAGAACUUCUUGUUUUCUACAAGCCAUUGCAGCAGGAGCACAUACAGCCAGCUAUCUAUGAUGCAGAGAUCCAUACAAACAUUGCAAAAUUUCUUGUAAAAGUAAAGAUCUCCAAUGAAUUGUGUGUAUUGACAUGUGAGGACAUAGUAGCUAAAUGUAUUGCAAUUGAACAUGGGGGUAAGCUAUAUGUGAUGAAAAUGCCUGUGUUUGAGACAAGUUAAAUGUUGAGGGCUAGCACAAACUGUUGAGACUCAAUUUGUCUGCACAUAAUAUGAUGAUUUAAAUGUGUUUUUCUUUAUGCUAUUAUUGUUUUUUUAUAACUCACUGUUUGAUCAUUAACUGUAUUUUGUAAUGCAUGUGUGUUUGUGUCUGUGACUGGGUAAAUCUGCAUGGAUAUUUCUAAAUAUGUGAGUAAAACGCCACAUUG